AUGCUGGUGGUGGAGGUGGCGAACGGCCGCUCCCUGGUGUGGGGGGCCGAGGCGGUGCAGGCGCUGCGGGAGCGCCUAGGAGUAGGGGGCCGCACGGUCGGCGCCCUGCCCCGCGGACCCCGCCAGAACUCGCGCCUGGGCCUCCCGCUGCUACUGAUGCCCGAAGAGGCGCGGCUGCUGGCAGAGAUCGGCGCGGUGACCCUAGUUAGCGCCCCGCGCCCGGAUCCCCGCCAACACAGCCUGGCAUUGGCAUCCUUCAAGCGCCAGCAAGAACAGGGCUUCCAGGAGCAAAGUGCUCUGGCAGCUGAGGCCCGUGAGACCCGUCGUCAGGAGCUCCUAGAGAAGAUUGCAGAGGGUCAGGCUGCGAAGAAGCAGAAGCUGGAACAGAAAUCAGGGAGCAGCGGGAGCCAGGAGGCCGGUGGGAACCAAGCUGCAGAAGAGAAUGAGGCCAGUGCUGGCCCGGCUGCUGGAGAGCAUGAGGAAGCAGGUGAAGGCUCCUCCUCUCCCCAGCCAGGGCCUUCAAAUGGGGUGGCUCCUUUGCCCAGGUCUGCUCUGCUCAUCCAGCUGGCCACUGCUAGGCCUCGGCCCAUCAAGGCUAGGCCUCUGGACUGGCGUGUCCAGUCCAAAGACUGGCCCCACGCUGGCCGUCCUGCCCACGAGCUUCGCUACAGCAUCUACAGAGACCUGUGGGAGCGAGGCUUCUUCCUCAGUGCGGCUGGCAAGUUCGGGGGCGACUUCCUGGUCUAUCCCGGCGACCCGCUCCGUUUCCAUGCUCACUACAUCGCUCAGUGCUGGGCUCCCGGGGACCCCAUCCCACUCCAGGACCUGGUUUCUGCUGGCCGCCUCGGCACCAGUGUCAGAAAGACACUGCUGCUUUGCUCUCCGCAGCCUGAUGGUAAGGUGGUCUACACAUCCCUGCAGUGGGCCAGCCUGCAGUGA